GCCGGAGUUCCGCGUGUUCGGAUGUGUUGUUAAUAUCAUACGUGGAUGUGAAAUAUGAUGGAAAGUCGAGGAGUUUCAUCGAUUAUAUUUGACUUGGAUAACACGCUGGUCGAUACAGCCGGCGCAGGACGAAUUGCCAUUCAGAAGGUAUGUGAGCUGCUAAAGUCAACACAUGUGCAGGAAAGCCACAUCAAAGACAUCUGUGAUCGCUUUUUACGAAAGCUUCUCCACGAAUCGUUCAACCCAUCAGAAGGUAAAACAAUAGACGACGUGAGGAUCCAUCACUGGUAUGAAGCCCUACAGGAGACGCAGGGGACAGAUCCUGAUCCAGCUCUGGCCAACAGCUGCUACUACACAUGGAAGAACACACGAUUACAGGUGCUGACUUUUUCUCCCGAGGUUCGAUCUCUCCUGGAGGAACUGCGGAAGAACUACAAACUGCUUCUGCUCACCAAUGGUGAUACUCAGACGCAGUGGGAGAAGAUCGAAGCGGCGAGAUGUGAGGGUCUCUUUAGUCUGGUGGUGGUUGGAGGCGAUCAUGCUGAGCAGAAACCGGCACAAUCCAUCUUCACUCACUGCUUCAAGUCUGCGGGAGUCCGGCCGCAGGACUGCAUCAUGGUGGGAGAUUCUCUCAGUACAGACAUCCAGGGAGGCAUUAAUGCAGGAGUGCGGGCCACUGUGUGGAUAAACAGUGACUGUAAAUCUCUCCCGCAGGGGUCUGUGACUCCAGACUACACUGUUCCUAGUGUACUAAAUCUGAACGAUGUUCUACUUGAACUGAGAUGAUUUACAUAUGUGAACCUGAAGAUGCACAAGAUUUUUUUUUUUUUUAAAGAAAAGACUUAAAUCAGCAGCUUAGAAAAAAUGGUCCGCUCCCAAUGAACAGCCAAAUGAUAAUGAAUGAUAAUCAAAGUGGUUCAUGUCCUACUAAUUAUUCUUUCUAUGGCAACAAUAUUAACACCUAAAUAAAUCUGUGUAACCUUAGUAAUCAGUAGACAAAACUGCAAUACACCAAGGAACAGUUGCAAAUAACAUAACAGUUUUAAUGUUUAUUUAGCUUAUUUAACAGGACAUUAGACAUUAGUUAACCAGCUCUGUUCUAGCUAUAUAAAAACUAUUGUAUGUUUUUAUUAAGUCGUUAGAAGUGCUAAAUUACUGGAAUUGUUAAAGAGAAAUUUUAUUUAUAUUUUCCAGUACCUCAGUAAUAAUUUAAGAUGUGGAAUAUAUUAAUCAUAGGUGUUGUAUGUCUUUGGGUAUUUACAUGAUUGGUAAAAAAACAAAACAAAACAAAAUCUAAAGCUUGCAAAAACAAAAUUACUUGGUGCACUAAAAUUAACUUGAAAUGAAAGUUAAUGAAAAUUCACAUUUUUACUUGAUGUUUUAAAUGAAUUUCUCUGAUACCUUAAAGGUGUAGUUAAAAAAUAAUAAUAAAAAUCAACACUAUCAAUA